UUUUCUCGGCUUAGGUGUUGUCUUGGCGUACCCUCAGUAAUUGCGUCUUACGCGGCAUCAUUUAGUGCAAUUUGUAUUGUUUGUAUAAAACCCGCUGACAUGCGAGCAGUAGCUUACUGUUUGUGAUAUCUUCAGUACAACAUGAUUGGGAUUACAACGUUUUGUCUUGUGAUUUUCGCUAUAUUCAACUCGGGCCAAUGUAUAUCUUCAAAAUUGGAUUUUGGUAAUGAAGAAACUUCUGUUGUAACAAAUUCUACAAACACCGAGGAUGGGGAUGUAGAAGUUAAUCAUACUAUAUUAGUAUCUACCAGGCUGAAGAAUAACAAUCGAAGAAGAAUCUAUGGCGGCGGCGAAGGUGAAGCGGGCGUGUUGUCCUACAACAUCGGUCGCAAGCAAAAAGAAGACAGCGGUGAAGUGCCAGUGGUGCUUGGCUUGAAGUCCGUCGACACCACUCAAUUAAGGACCCCAGACACACGUCGUAAGGCUCAAAUCUACCCUGACUCAGUAUUCGUCAGCAGGAACAUUCGCGACGACUACGACGUCUUCCCAAAUGUAGCUUUGACUCCUUCGCAGUGGAAACCUUCAAGUUUCUUCAAUAAUAUCAACUGGUGGCAGCAGGAUGGUAGAGACUUUGAAAGAAGAAACUACAGACCGGUCAACACUAAUAAACUGAAUAGAAAAAUAAGUGAUGACACAAUGAAAGAGUUUUACUGCAAGAAGUGUAGGGAACUAAGUCAAGAUGGCAGAGGGUGUAUCCAGCAGAGGAGCAAUCCGAAUCCUUGGGUUGUGACGACAACACCAAAGAUGAAGCUCGAUGGUAAAUUGGCGAAAUUAAACUAAUGGGUUCGU